UUACCUGUCCAAGGUCUGGCCAGAUCCUGCUGGACGAUCCCCGGGUCCCUUCUCACUCACCCAGGAGUCGGGGCAGGUAAUACUGAGUGUUGGCUGACUCCUCCCAGCUAUGGCUGCUAUGCCGGGGAAGCCGGUUGGGUUUGAAGGCUCAGAAGGAAGUCCUGGAGAAGAUGUGCGAUUGCCAUAUCCUGAAACAUCUGCCCUUCCUGAUGUGGGAAAAAUAAUGAAAGACUUAGGCAUCGAAUCAACUAUCCCAAAAGAGAUUCCAGAAGACAGUCCUUCUGAUGCUUCAGUAAAGCCUGGUGGACUUGGCUUUGAAGGCUUUUUUGGAAGACCUGGUGAAGAUGUGGGAUUUCCUUCUUGUGAAACAUCAGGGGAGUUUCCAAAUGUGGAAAAAAUCAUGAAAGAUUUAAGCAUCGAGUCGCCCGUCUGUCAAGGAACUCCAGAAAACAUGCCGGCAGCACCGAAUGUUUUGGGCUCUCCUUCAUGCUUGUUUGAUGUUGGUUUUAAAGUAGAGGUGCUGAAUGAAAACCAAGACCCUCAGAAAAUGAAGGACCCGUCAGUUGCUGCACCGACCACCUCGGAGAAAAAAGAUGACCCAACAAAGAAGGCAGAAAUUGGAAAACAAUCCUGA